UAGAUGGAUAUGUUGUCGUGGAAGAGUUAAACCGAAUAGUGAAAAAGUGUGUCGGUAUCAUCCAGAGUCUUUCUCUUCGAAUUUCGAUGUUGAAGCCAUACUUUAAGAGAAGUCUUCAGUCUAACUUGGUUUUAAUCAUGGAAAUUGCGUUGUUUCAUAAAAAAUUUAUACAAAGUGUCCAUAAAAAUAAAGUAAGCAAAUUAAUGAUAGAUCCCCAAGAACCCUAGCGCUCCAACUUUCGUCCUGACGUUAAACCGCCACCUAUCGAGUACCAAAGGAUAUAUUCGAGCACAUUUCAUGAUAAUUUAGAAUGAGACUUCACGUGCGCAGACUCUUCUACCAUAUUCUCUUGCUGACAGCAUUCUUCGGACUUUCUUUCCACUUGUAUAUAAAUCUGUUACAAACCUCUAACACAUCAAAUCAUGAUGGGGCAAGACCAUGGGGACGAGAUUUCGAUCUUCGGACCCUGCCACCAUUGAAAUUCGUUGAUAAGAGAUUCCAUGACCACGUCUUAAAGGUACCAAAGGUUCAAAAUGGUUCCAGAGGGACUGCGGUGUCGAACGAUUCGCUUGGUGAACCGAAGUAUUUUGAUUCCAUCAUGCAAAUGCAUAUCAUGACAGAUCCUGCCAAGGGCAAGAGGGUGUGGCACGAUAAAGACUUUGAUUGGGACGAUAGGAUACAGGCCCAGAUGACACACAUUCCAAAAGCGGUUCAAGAGGAGCAGCUGAAACCGUUCGACCAACAAAAAACAAAACUCAUCAUCGUCUGGAACGGAAUUGGCAAUAUGAGGAAAGGACGACAGCGUUUGGUCGAUGAUAAGUGUCCGGUGACGCAAUGUUACAUGACUGGUGAUAGGUCAAAAGUUGCACAAGCAGACGUGUUAUUGUUUCAACAUUCCAUUGCAAAUCCGGGUCACCGGAGGCCUUCCAAUCAAAUUUGGGCGACUUAUUUCUUGGAGUCGCCUUACCACACUCCUACCCUCCAUCAAUUCCAAAACUUAGUAAAUUGGACCGCCACCUAUCGGCACGAUUCGACGAUUGUUGCUCCCUAUGAAAAAUUCGUCCCCUUUAACAAUAGUGUUGUGUUAAGGAAACCGAUAAGAAACUAUGCGUCCGGGAAGUCGAGAAAGGUAGCUUGGUUCGUUUCAAAUUGCGGUGCUCGAAACAAGCGAAAAGACUACGCUCUGAAACUGCAGAAACACAUCGACGUCCACAUUUAUGGAGCCUGCGGCCCUUACAAAUGUCCCCGAUACCAGUCGCAUAAAUGCUAUGACUUGCUCAAUAAGGAUUACAAGUUUUAUCUUUCGUUUGAGAACUCGAAUUGCAGGGAUUAUAUCACGGAGAAGUUCUUCGUAACGGGCCUACAACAUGACGUCAUACCUAUUGUGAUGGGUGCUCAUCCCGACGACUACAAGAGAGCAGCACCACCGCACUCCUUCAUUCACGUGGACGAUUUUGAUUCGCCGAAAGCACUUGCCAUAUAUCUGCACAAACUUGAUCAAAAUGACGAUCUGUACAACGAAUAUUUUCGCUGGAAAGGAACUGGACAGUUCGUCAAUACUCUGUUUUGGUGUCGGUUGUGCGCCAUGGCUUGGGAUGACACCCAAGUCACGUAUUAUAAAGAUGUAAACAACUGGUGGCGUGGAGAUGGAGUUUGCAUCGGAGCAAAUAAGUGGCCAGCAUCAAAAACAAAAUCAUAGCAAAUUUCGCUCUUUUAGGGCUCUAGAUAUCCUAGGAUCCAUGAGAGUUCGUACUUGGUGAUAGGUGUUAGUCGUCAAUGAAUGCCCGACUCUGUUAAAUGGUGGCUGUCGUGCUUCAUGCCGUGCCCGGAAUGCCAUGCUGCAGCGCAGUGGAGUUUGCGUUGGGGCCAAGAAAUGCCCUGGCUUCCGGCAUCGAAAACGAGGCGUGCAGUAACUUGCUCCCUUAGUUAUGAAAGUAUAAAAUCGGGAACUGGUUAGAUGAUGAAUGACGUGGCGAUUCUGCUAUCGUGGCCACACCCAGAAAUUUAGACAGUUGACACGUAUUCCAAAUUGCACGUCUGCCUUAUUGGGGAUCGAGUCGACAAACAUAUUGUGGUUGCUUUUAAUGCAGAUGCCUGUAAAUACGUAUUUUGAAAAGGAUUGCCAUAUUAAAAAUCGGGCACAUGGCAACACGCUGAGCUGCAAUUACAUUACAUUUAAUUUCCGACUUUUGCGAAAGCUGCUGCUUGAGUUUGUGAUUUGCGAACUAGUCUUCUGGGCUACCAUAAUCUACGUUUUGAUCGAAGUAGUGAGGAAAAGAAUAUUAUUUUGUACAUACUUGUAAAUUUGUUUACAUUUUUGCGUCCCUUUCGGUCAUUAGCUGUGUGAGUCUGCGAGAAGCAGAUCUGAUUCUCACUUAUAGUUGUCUACAGGUAAUAUCAGUGUCAUGUAUUAUUUUAUAAGGCAUGAACCACCAUGUCGGGAAUCUUUACAAGUUUAGUACCGAACCAAUUCAUCUGUGGUUUAAGCAGAAGCUCCAUCUGCUGACUAAGUGGUCACAACCUAGCAGACUCCGGUCUCCCUUGAAAGCUUGGUAAAAGUUCACAGAGACACCUUGUAACGAUAUGGAAAGCUUCAGUGUGUGGGGAAAAGGCAGCGCUGUCGUGACGAUGAAGCCUUCCGCAGACUGAACAACGGUAAGGCUCUCUCCUCAUAAGGGGGGCAUUUAUUUAGUAGGUACGCAACAGAUAUUAAGAUGUUUAUAAAGUUGAGGUCCAUUUUCAUUGGUGCAUAGAGGUUUGGGGAUUGGAAGUGGCGGAUUGAAAAAAUGUUGCGAUUAUAUGUUCAUUCGCUAUAACUUGUGACUUUCUGACCGAAAGUGGGGCUUAUUAAUACGCAGGUACAAACUCAUUGAUUGUGAUGAGAGCACGGUGGAAGAGCUAGCUUUCCCCGGGGCUACAUUACCCUCUUUAAUUUUUUGAUAACCGGCAAGUAAGCUUAUUCUGAUGGAUCCAGGCAAUGGAUGAACGCGGUGGUGAUGUCGCGGGUGGAGAGAUUUAUUAUGUAUUAUGUUACUCGGCAUAUGCACGUAUAUGCAGUAUGUAAAUAUCUGCACCUAUUCCAAUACUAUUAUUGUUAUAAACUCGAGAAUCCAGUCGAUUUUCUGGAAGAAUUGUGUCAUUACCGAUACAUACUCUUAGCUGGGAUAUGAAAGCAAAAAAUAAGUGACUACAGACGUAAUCGAAUAAAUCUUUAAGACCAAAGUCUCUAACAAAAAAAUCGGCAAGUAGUAUUGAUGGUCAUUACGUAUACUUGUGACCUACUUUACACAUGUGUUUAGACAACGUCAUACCGCAUGUCAUGUUCUCAGUCCGAAGUACAUGAACCCUCAUCUUUGGGAUGGUCUUAAUGCUUUCAUGUUCCUUUGCGUCUCUCCCUACUGCUGGAAAACCUUUUUUCUUUAAAUAGGGUUGGUUCAUGUACGGUGUUUACAUGUGGCCCGCUGGUAAUGCUAGUGCUGACCUAGCUCCACGUGUGGCAGCAUCGGUCGUGCAGUGUAUAUAAAUGUGUUCUAAGUGUAGUGUAAAUGACGUUACGAGUGUUUCUGAUAUUGGAUUUACAUCACAUGGAUUCAGCACUCGCUCAGUUCAUUGAGGGCCAACGCGCAAAGAGGGGUAAAUGGCAGGUGAUGUGUGCGCAGUCUUCUUUUAUAGUGGAGAAGUGUGAUACUACUAACAUUUCCAGAGCCUGCGGACGUAAACAGAAAGUGCAAAACACAACCUGGCCUUUUAGAGCGUAUUGGUGGUAUUUUGAACAUCAAUUGUUAAAUGUAAUUGUUAAAGCAUUACUGUGUUAUGAUGGGCUAUUUUUCUACCGAUGUGUAAUAACUAACAAUUGACUUGUAUAUUUGGCUCAGAAUGUGGAGAAUAAAGUCUGUUUGCUAUCGAA